AGCUGAUAGGAUGCCCAGGUUUCAGGAGGUGGAGUCAGGUCAGGCUCCGCCCUCUGGAGGCAGUGGUCUGGUUGCUAAGCGAUACAACAUCCUGCAGAGUCUGGGCAGAGGAAGUUUUGGUUCUGUUUAUCUGGUUCAGGACACGAGAGCUGCAGACGGAGAGAAGCUGAAGGUGUUGAAGCAGAUUCCUCUGGGCGACCUUCGACCUGACGAGACGGUGCGGGCGACGCAGGAAGCCCAGCUGCUGUCUCAGCUGCACCACCCGGCCAUCCUCACCUUCUACCACAGCUUCCUGGAGAGAGACGCCUUCUGCAUCAUCACCGAGUACUGCCAGGACCGAGAUCUGGACUGGAAGCUGGAGGAGGUGCGACGAGCCGGGCGGAGCCUCCCUGAAAUCCAGGUCAUCGAUUGGUUCAUCCAGUUGCUGCUUGGCCUGCACUACAUGCAUGACAGGCGAAUCCUCCACAGAGACCUCAAGGCCAAGAACGUCUUUCUGAAACAAAACCUCGUUAAGAUCGGGGAUUUUGGUGUUUCCUGUCUGCUCAUGGGAUCAUGUGACCUGGCCACCACCUUCACAGGGACGCCCUACUACAUGAGUCCAGAGGUGGUGACCCACCAGGGAUACGACUCCAAGUCUGACAUCUGGGCUCUGGGCUGCCUCCUCUUUGAGAUGUGCUGUCUGACUCACGCCUUCCGGGGGCCGAGCUUCCUGUCCGUGGUGAUGAAGAUCGUGGAGGGAGAAACCCCAACGCUCCCCGCCUCCUUCUCCCCUGAUCUGAACUCCGUCCUGCAGAGGAUGCUGCACAAACAACCUUCGUCCAGACCGUCAGCUGCAGAACUCCUCAAGACCAAGUUCAUGGAGAGACACAUGCAGCUGCUGAUCUGGUCUGUGCUGGUUCUGGUCUGCAGGGCUCUGGGCUGCCUCCUCUUUGAGAUGUGCUGUCUGACUCACGCCUUCCGGGGGCCGAGCUUCCUGUCCGUGGUGAUGAAGAUCGUGGAGGGAGAAACCCCAACGCUCCCCGCCUCCUUCUCCCCUGAUCUGAACUCCGUCCUGCAGAGGAUGCUGCACAAACAACCUUCGUCCAGACCGUCAGCUGCAGAACUCCUCAAGACCAAGUUCAUGGAGAGACACAUGCAGAAGAUGAAGAUCAGGUUUGAGUUUGUGUCGUCAGGAGGAGAGGAAGAUGCUCAAGUCAUCGCCAAGAACAUGCAGACAAAGGUCCACCUGCAGACGCUGAGGGAGAGGUCGGAGGUAGAGAAGAUGACGCCCAGGGAGAGAAUGAGGCUCCGCAAACUGCAGGCUGCUGAUGAGAAGGCCAGGAGACUGAGGAAACUGGCUGAGAAGAAAUAUGAAGAGAUCCACACCCGGAGGAGAGAGCUGAGGAGCCGCCAUUUUGAAAAAAUCAGUGUGGACGUUCUGAACGAGAGCAGAGAGGGCGGAGCCUGUCAGACUCUAAUCCAAUCGCCAAUCAGGAGCCACGAUCACCGGUCCGCAGGAGGGUUGCAGCCAAUUGAGAGGCAGGAUGAGUCAGAACCAGAGCUGCACGAUAUCCCAGAGGACCCUCAGGCUGCUGAAGUUUACUACAACCAGGAUGGAUUUGACUCGUGUUCAGAGGAUGAGGAGACGGAGACACCUGCAGAGACACUUUACCUGUCUGACCCACAGGUCAGUGAGCUGGAGGCUAUGAUGAAGCACAUGCAGAAAGUUCUGGAAGAGGAGCUGAGUGGAGAUCCAGUGGAGCCUGAGGCCCCCCAGACCCCCCAGGGGCCCCGGAGCCCCCAGACCCCCCAGGGGCCCCAGAUGAUCAACAGCAGCCUGCUGGAGACCAGAAUCCAACACCUGAGAGAGUCUGCCUGUCGCCGCCUCGGCUCAGACGUCUUCCAGCAGCUGUAUGAGAACCUGAAGGAGGCCAGGCGGCGGCGGGAGGUUGAGGAUGAGGACAGCGUCACCGAGGACGCUCCAGAGGAUGAACCUGAUGUGGGCUUCCAGGUGGACCAGCUGCUGUUCCUCGAGGGAGAGCUGCAGAGAGUGAGACGGCUGCAGGAGUACACACCCCCAGUCUGAAAAACUUUAUUUAAACAACUCAUCAUCACAAAGAACAUUUCUUACUUUACAGGUAAACUGAUCAGAGCUUUCUGUAUGUGCUAGAAGAAUUACAUUAAACAUUUACAAGGGAAGUGAAUGAAUUUUUCCCCUGAAG